AUGGAUUUCGAAGAAGCAGAAGAUAUUAACGGUAUCCGUUUCGCCUGGAACACGUUCCCAUCCACGAAAGUUGAAGCAAACAAGGUCGUGGUACCUACAGGUGCACUCUACACCCCAUUAAAGCAAAGAGAUGAUUUACCAAUAGCCUCUUACGACCCAAUUUUUUGUCAGACUCAAACGUGUAAGGCAAUUCUUAACCCUUACUGUAGAGUGGAUCCAAAUGGGUUCUGGAUAUGUCCUCUCUGUCAAACUAGAAAUGGAUUACCUGUUCACUACCAAGGAAUUCUGCAGGAGAACUUGCCAAUAGAAUUGGACCCUGGUUCGUCUACGAUUGAAUACAUUACUGCCAGGCCUGUGCAAAACAACCCUGUAUUCUUCUUUGUAAUCGAUUUGUGUCAAGAUGAAGAUAGCUUGAAAGCGUUGAAGGAAACUUUGGUUAUCAGUUUGAGUCUUCUCCCACCUAACGCGUUAGUUGGGUUGAUCACUUUCGGUACUAUGGUUCAAGUCCAUGAUUUGGGCAGCGAAACGAUAAAUAAGCUGUACAUCUUCAGAGGUGACAAGGAGUACACGGAAGCUCAAAUCAUUGACAUGUUGGGUAAGCAGCAGCUCCACCCUCAACAACAGCAAAAUAACGCCUUCAACGGCGGCUUGCCCAACGGCGUUGGUGGAGCCAACUUCAGUAACUCCCUCCAACGUUUCUUCCUCCCAGUAGAAGACGUUGAGUUUCAAUUGACAUCAAUUUUGGAAAACUUGACUCCUGACCCUUGGUCUGUAGCUCACGGUGACCGUCCAUUGAGAUCUACUGGUUCUGCAUUAAACGUCGCUGCAAACCUCUUGGGUGCUACAUUCUCUGGAUUCGGUGCUAGAAUUAUGUUAUUCUCGGCAGGUCCAUGUUCCUUGAGCCCCGGUCUCAUUGUGGGACAAAAAUUGAGAGAACCAAUUAGAUCCCACUCAGACAUCGAUAAGGAUAACUCUGUUGCUAAGCACUACAAGAAGGCAAUUAAGUACUACGAUGCUCUUGGUGCCACUAUUGUUAAGAACUCCCACACUGUGGAUGUCUUUGCUGGAUGUUUGGAUCAAAUUGGUAUGUCUGAAAUGAAAAACUUGUGUAAUUUAACGGGGGGUACCUUGGUGCUUACUGAUGCCUUCACCACUUCCAUUUUCAAACAAUCCUUUUUAAGACUUUUCGCCAAGGACCUGGAAGGUUACUUGACCAUGGGAUUCAAUGGUAUCUUGGAUAUUAAGACAUCCAGAGAAUUGAAAAUUAGUGGACUUAUUGGACAUGCAUCUUCAUUACAAAGUAAAAAUAACAAUAACGUAUCUGAAAAUGAAGUUGGUAUUGGUGGUACUUCGCAAUAUAGAUUAUGUUCAAUACUGCCACAACACAGUUAUGCCAUUUUCUUUGACGUUGUCAACACACAACCAUUGCCUCCAAAUGCUCAAUCAUAUAUCCAAUUUAUCACGCAUUAUCAACAUUCUUCCGGAACAUACAGAUUAAGAGUUACCACAGUUUCCAACAUUUUAACUGGUGAUGAGCUGAUUUUAACUCAAUCUUUUGAUCAAGAAGCUGCUGCCGUGUUGAUGGCAAGAGUCACUUUAUUCAAAUCUGAACAAGACGAUGGUGCAGAUGUAUUGAGAUGGAUUGAUAGGAUGCUUAUUAGAUUAUGUCAAAAAUUUGCUGACUACAGAAAGGAUGUCGACGAGCUGUUUAGAUUGGCACAACAAUUUAGUUUGUAUCCUCAAUUUGUAUAUUAUUUGAGAAGAUCACAAUUUUUGCAAGUCUUCAAUAAUUCCCCCGAUGAAACUGCUUUCUAUAGGCAUGUUUUAUUAACUGAAGAUACGAAUAAUUCAUUAAUUAUGAUCCAACCAACAUUAACCAGUUUCCUGUUGGAUAGUGAACCUGAAGCUGUAUUAUUAGACUCGGUUUCUAUUAAAGAUGACAGAAUUUUACUUUUGGAUACUUUCUUCCAUAUUUUAAUCUUCCAUGGUAAGACUGUCGCAGAAUGGAGAAAGGCUGGUUAUCAAAAUAAUCCUGAUUAUGCUAAUUUCAAGCAAUUAUUGGAAGAACCAAAGCAAGAAGCUGCUGAAUUAUUGGUUGAUAGGUUCCCAUUACCAAGAUUUAUUGACACUGAAGAAGGUGGCUCUCAAGCAAGAUUCUUAUAUUCUAAAUUGAACCCAAGUACUACUUAUAACAAUCAAAAUGAGAUUGGAAGUAGAGGUGCCAUUGUUUUGACUGAUGAUGUUAGUUUACAAGUGUUUAUGAGCCAUUUACAAAAGUUGGUUGUAUCCGGAUCGAGCUAG